AUGACUGCUAGACAGAGUCCAAUGAAGGUCGCUUUGCUCGUCCGACUCGCGAGGAGGGCUUUCCUGCGCGCAUCCUCCGCCGGAGAUGCUGUCCGCCGAUACAUACCGAUAAGUGUGGAUCCGGCGAUCGUGCAGGAACAGACAGGCUUAUCGGCUGGCCGACCCCCAAUAUAA